AUGCUGAUGGAUAUCUAUUUGGGCACCGAAGAUACCAGGUUUAUGCUGUUUGUGCAGGACUCACUCCAAGCUUUUUCAAGCUCGAUUGCAGGAUUAUUAUCCUCGAGAGCUGUGUUGCAAGGAGUCGGGGUUGGUGAUGCCACCGCGUCACCAACAAGCGCUCUUCUUUUGAGCAUCCUGCAGGACAGCAUGGGCCGAAUAGCGACCAUUCUUUUCGCACACCAACUAGGCACAUCUCUCGAACCAGAGUGCAAGAUGUACCGUCUAGCCGCCGAUAUUUUCAACGACUCCUCUAUGAUUAUGGAUUGCUUGUCGCCCAUGUUCCCCAAAUCGAUUAGAGUCGGUCUGUUGAGCCUGUCAAGCGUGCUCAGGGCUCUAUGCGGCGUUGCUGCGGGCAGUUCCAAGGCCAGCCUGAGUGCACAUUUUGCGAAAUGGGGGAAUCUGGCGGAGUUGAAUGCGAAAGAUUCAAGUCAAGAGACAGUGAUAUCCCUCAUGGGGAUGCUGGUUGGAAGUCUCGUCGUAUCGUACAUCACUUCUCCCCUCGCUACUUGGGUAGCGUUGAUAUCCCUUCUCAUAGUACAUAUAACGACCAAUUACCUAGCCGUGCGAGCAGUCAGCAUGACGUCCCUUAACCGACAGCGAGCCAACAUAGUCUUCUCAACGCUAUUCGAUGAAAACCGCGUCCUCACUGCAAAGCAAGCAUCCAAGCAAGAAAGAGUCUUCGAACGAGACGGAGUUUUACGAUGGAAAGCCUCAUCCGACACUCUGGGGUUUUGCCAGAUAGGAGUUCCAUUUAAAGAUGUAAUAGAUCAUGUAUCUUCGUCUAGCCCUGCGGAGCGAACAGAGGCGACCAUCGUGGCGAUUUUACGGGUUUUUGAGCAAGAAGAGUACAUACUCUGGUUCGACCCGGCGAGGAAACGGGGAGUUAUCGGUUUAAAGACGAACGCCAGCCCAACAUCGCAAUUGAAAGCCUGGAGUCAUGCUUUGUUAGCAGCGAAUUCUUUAAAAAUAAAAGAGAGUAACACCAGAGGGCCGCUCGUACGUGAGCAGGUCGGUACAGACUCCGUUUUGAUGCUAGGAAUCCUACAAGACACUUUGGCGGAGCAUUCGAAGGACUUUGAUGCUCGAAUCGAGUCUCUUCGAGAUGCUGGGUGGGACAUCGACACACCUUCACUGCAGACGAAGCCAGGGAGGAAGUUUGAUGUCAUUCGAAAGCAGGAAUAGAUAUAAGGAUCCCAUGAGCACUAGCUUUACGUAGGAUGGUUCUAUAAAUGGCUAGAUGGUAUGUGUCUACGGUGGAGAGCUAGUAAUAGUUCCGAGUCAUAGCGCCGAGGUAUACAACACGAAACCGUUAACCCUGAACAGAG